GGGCAGCGCGGGGAGGGGACGGAGCGCCGCGCGGGCGGAAGCGGCCGGGGAGGUCACUUCCGGCCUGGGCGCCCGUCCCCCUGACCCCAGGGUCUGAGUCGCCGCUGCCACCGCUGCCGCCGCCGCCGCCGCCGCCGCCAUCCGCGGGGAAGCAGACGGGAGGAGGAGCGCGGCGCGGCGGCCCCGGGGCCGAGGAGCAGGGACCCAGACAUGGAGCUGCGGGAAGAGGCCUGGUCUCCGGGGCCGCUGGACUCUGAGGACCAGCAGAUGGCUAGCCACGAGAACCCAGUGGACAUCCUCAUCAUGGAUGACGAUGAUGUGCCCAGCUGGCCGCCCGCCAAGCUGUCCCCGCCCCAGUCCGCGCCGCCUGCGGGACCCCCGCCCCGGCCGCGGCCGCCCGCCCCCUACAUCUGCAACGAGUGCGGCAAGAGCUUCAGCCACUGGUCCAAGCUGACGCGGCACCAGCGCACUCACACGGGCGAGCGGCCCAACGCCUGCAGCGACUGCGGCAAGACCUUCUCGCAGAGCUCGCACCUGGUGCAGCACCGGCGCAUCCACACGGGCGAGAAGCCCUACGCGUGCUCCGAGUGCGGCAAGCGCUUCAGCUGGAGCUCCAACCUCAUGCAGCACCAGCGCAUCCACACGGGCGAGAAGCCCUACGCGUGCCCCGACUGCGGCCGCAGCUUCACGCAGAGCAAGAGCCUGGCCAAGCACCGGCGUUCGCACAGCGGCCUCAAGCCCUUCGUGUGCCCGCGCUGUGGCCGCGGCUUCAGCCAGCCCAAGAGCCUCGCGCGCCACCUGCGCCUGCACCCGGAGCUCUCCGGGCCUGGCGUGGCAGCCAAGGUCCUGGCGGCCAGCGUGCGCCGGGCCAAGGCGCCCGACGAGGCCGCGGCAGCGGACGGCGAGAUCGCCAUCCCGGUGGGCGACGGCGAGGGUGUCCUCGUGGUGGGCGCGCCGGGCGAGGGCGCAGCCGCGGCUGCAGCGGUGGCCAGCGUGGGGGCCAAGGCGGCCGGGCCGCGGUCACGCCGCGCUCCAGCCCCCAAGCCCUACGUGUGCGUGGAGUGCGGGAAGGGCUUCGGGCACGGAGCCGGGCUGCUGGCCCACCAGCGGGCGCAGCAUGGCGACGGGCUCGGGGCGGUGGGUGGCGAAGAGCCGGCGCACAUCUGUGUGGAAUGCGGCGAGGGCUUCGUGCAGGGUGCCGCGCUGCGCAGACACAAGAGGGUCCACGCCGUGGGCGCGCCCUCGGUCUGCAGCGACUGCGGGCAGAGCUACUACCGCGCCGGCGGGGAGGAGGCGGCGGCCGAGGGGCCCGGCGGGCGGUGCGGCGAGUGCCGUGGUGGGGAGGGCCGGUAGGGCUGGAGAGCCCGGGGUGGCGGGUAGGGCCCCUCGGGCUUGGCAGGGAGCAAGACCCAGAGGCCAGGGGGGUGCGGACGGGCACAAGGCCCAGGACACGGUGUCCUCGUCGCUCCGCCUCGCCUCCCCAAGUUAGGCAAGGACGCCUGUCCACCGAGACCGCACCUGGCGCUCUGCAGACCCUGCUGCCCGGGACCUGGAUGAAUCCCGGUGGACUGGGCAGAGGUGGCGAGGAGCGGCCUGCUGCAGCGAGAGUGCCCCACCCCUGCCUCCAGAAUGUUCUUUGCGGCUACUCUCUGCAGGUGUUCCGGCCCCAGUGGUUCCUCCGACUCAGCGGAUGUGCGGUAGUGGACGCUUGGGGACAGGGGUCGGGCCUGGCGGGGACAAUAAAUGGCACUGUUCAUUCG